CACCGUAAUACCGUACGUAGGAGACAGUGAUGCAGCAAUGUUAGCUGACCUGGUUGGUUGGUCGUAAUGGAGGCCAACAAGAAUACAAGAAGAACACAGGCACGACCAGUCCCUCAAAGAGUUUCUGACGAUCCAAGACCGGCCAACGUAAGUUCCCACUGGACCAGACGGCUGUGGUCACCCAAGUGGCAAGCUGUCUCUUCAUACCGCAUCUCAUGGAAUGCGCGAACAGAUUCUGCGCACUAGCUCACACAACAACCGCGAGUUUGUAAACCUACACAGGUCCCCCCUUCUUAGUUAGCUUGUCUGUAGUGUGACGUCCUUCUGGCGGGCCGAUAUCGUGGAUGACGGUCGUAUCGCACGACGCAAGCGUAACCGCGAUCCGUGCAAUAAAAAUCUCGGAGCAUCCAGAUAUUGUUGGUUGCACGAGAAGCCUCACUGGGGGAAUGGCGUGGCCAAAUGAACCGGUGUACGGAGCACCAGGGCGGUUCUGUGACAAAAUUACGGCUACCUCCCUAACGACGGUGAUUGAGCGGGAGUUCGUUUGCGAGUCAGUACUUUUCUCGCUUCAUCGCACAAUGGGACUAUGUAAGCAGCUGCGGCGCAGCAACCGUGAGUGAUCC